GUGAGCAAAGCCUCACGGCUCUGGCUAGUGCGCAGUGCUCUAAAAUUCGCAGACAAGCCCUUUCACAACUUGCUCACAUUCUGCCGGAACGUACGACCAAUGGCGGCCAGGCCGGCAGCUGCAGUCAGUCAGGCUGAAGUCAUCGACCUCUUGAGCGACGAAGAUGACAUCCAAGUCGGAGCAGGUGCUCCUGACCAUGAUCUCCAUGUGGCAGACCGCGUGCCGCUUGUGCUUGACGAGAACGGCAAUCUCUUGCCCGCAAAUGAGCUGCCAUUCGAUUUCUUCGACGCCAUCGUUCAUCCGGGACAGGCGCCCCUGCUUCCCGACAACCCACCAGUGCGCGGACAGCUUAUGGUCAUCAACGGCGAAGAAGUCUUCAUACCGGACGAGGAAGCACCGCGGCCGUACACAGCGCCUCCCGCUGCUCCUCCCAAGGAUGCGCCAUUCACUGUAGACACAUGCCUGCAGCGCGUGCUCGAGAUCUUCCCAGACAUUAGCCAUGACUACGUGCACGAGCUUUACAAUGAGUUCGACGCUAGUGACGAGUAUGAAGUCCUGCCCGGUUCAGCACGGCUCGAUAACAUCAUUGAGAACUUGUUGUCCAACCUUGACUAUCCACGGUAUGCGAAAGGCAAACAAGCGGUGCGGAAGCGGAAGCGGGGAGACAGUAUUGAUGAGACUAAUGCGAACCGCUGGACCGUCGAGAGUCGUGAACUUGCACCCUCAUUUCUGAAAGGAUCGAUACAAGCUAUGCUAAAAGCUGAGUAUCCUGACAUACCCGUGAGGUUCAUCAACGAUACGCUCGCUAGAGACAAGCACUUCUACCAAGCAUACAUCACCCUCGCCAUUUCUCGAGACUCUAACGAUCCUGCUCGGCCGACUUUUAGUAGGGGUCGUCCGCCAAAGAACCACGAGCUCGCAAGCGCCGACGUUAUCGCAGCAAAUUGCGGCUGGCCUACCUUGACAGAAGAGCUUGUUGCUGCACGUAAGCGUGCCGCAGUAUUGCGCGCCGAGCGUGCUGCGGAAGACGCGAUGAAGACAUCCGAGCAAGAAAACCUGCGCCACGCUAUGGAGCAAGGCGAAACGGCGGAGUGCCAAGCCUGCUUUGAGGAGUUACCAAUGAACCGCCAAAUCCACUGUGACGGAGCAGUAGCGCAUUUCACGUGCUAUGAGUGCCUGGAGACGUACAUCAAGACCGAAAUUGGUGACGCGCGGUGCAAUGUUUUGUGCACCGCUGGCUGCGGUUCUGGAUUCGCACCGGGCCAGCUGAACCAACUUGGCAACCCGCAACUGCUUAAGAAAUUGGCAGACCUCGAGCAAGAGAAAGCCAUCCGUGACGCCGGCCUCGAUGAUCUGGAGGAGUGCCCGUUCUGUGACUUCAAGGCCAUCAUGCCUCCAAUCGACGAAGACUUCGAGUUCCGCUGCGCCAAUCCGGAGUGCGAAAAGGUCAGCUGUCGUCGCUGCAAGAGUAUUUCACAUAUUCCUGCAUCGUGCGAGCAGCAUGCCAAAGACAACAAGCUCAGCAGCAGACACAAGAUUGAAGAAGCCAUGACCGCCGCCCUUGUCCGCUCCUGCAAUAAGUGUAAGAAGCAGUUCAUCAAGGAGUACGGCUGCAACAAGAUGACUUGUCCCUCGUGCAUGAACAUACAAUGCUAUGUCUGCUCAGAGACAGUGCAGAACUACGACCAUUUUGAUCAACAGCAUAAUCCACUCGUCGAUCGGCCCGCACCAGAGCGGUGUCCGCUUUACGACAAUGUGGAAGAGCGUCACGAGCGCGAGGUGAGGGAAGCGGAAGAGGCGGCUCGCAAGGCGUUGCUUGAAGCAAACCCGAAUCUUACUGAGCAAGAUGUCGAGAUCAAUGUCUCGGAUGCCGUAAAGCAAGCGACUGCCGACCGCGUUCGUCGCGGUGCUGCUGCCGGUGGGUACGGUAUGAACAUGCUUUAUCCCGCCAAUAACAUCCUUGGAGGAGCCCAGCUCUUUGAUGGUGUUGCUGACGACGUUCGCAUCCCAAACGAAGGUCUUCUAAACCUCGCAGCAAGGCGGAGACAGGACGCAUUACGUGCGAAUCUGCUCCACCGUGCCGCUGAAAGAAGGGCAAGACAGGUUGCGAACGCGCGUAACCAUCCGUUCAAUCUCGCUCCCGCAUUGGUUCGCGAUGAGGCUGUCCAGCCAGCCGCAGCGCAGCACGUUCACCAAUACCACCCCCCCGGGCGCCCUAUACCGGGCGGUCUGGCAGGCUACAUGGCCGCAUUUGGCUUGCGUGGUGGACCGCCGCCGCUGCCAGAGCUACAGCUGCCUGUCGAAUGGGUCAAUGAAGACAUGCCACAGGCAGCGCCAGCAGCACCUCUAGGGCCUGCCGGUCUGCGCAUCCCUCACGCCAGAGCGAGACACAAUGUAGUGCCACCCGCGCCUGCACCCGCAACCCCACCUGCGCCCCCACCUGCACCUGCGCCUACACCCGGGCCUGCACCUGACGUACUAGGCUAUUUCGAACACCCUUUCGAUCCGAUUGCCAACGGCGGCAUCGAUCCACUUCAGCGGCCCGCUAACAACCAGCGAGAGUCCUACGUCCGUCAGCACAUGCAACGACCCAACCCACACGCCGCCGAAGCUGGAGCAGAACGGCAUGGCACGGUCGAUCUUCCGGACGUACGGCAACAGCGCGAGAACUUCGAGCACCUCGAAGCUCUGCGUACCCUGCACAACCGCUUGCUGCGGGAACGGCAGAUGGGUAUGGGGCUGCAUACGGAGGUGAUACGCGAUGCUACUCGAGCUUCGCGAGCUGAGCAGGUGGAAGCACACCGGCUAGAGAUACUGCGACGUCGCCAAGCGGCGGCGGACCGUGCCACAGCAGAUGCACUUCAUCGGCAGUCUCAUGUCGCUCGCGGUGCAUUUCAUGGACCAUGAAUUAUUCAUACGAGCUGCCGAUCGUGCCUGGUGCGGAAGCGAAACCAGGAACACUGCUUCUGUUUUUGCGGCUGCAUUUCACAUAGCUCAUGCUUAUGCUUUUAACUUACAGAAUCGUCGUGGGAACU